AAAAGAAUUCACAGUCGACGUUGGUCCAUUCUUUGAGUAAAAUUGAGCUUAGAAAUUUGUUGUGAAAUUAUUUUUGGUAAAAUUGAGCUUACAAAUUUGUAAAAAUUUCAAAAGGUUUCUAGAAAUUUAAAUUUGUUAGCCAGAUUUGGACAAUUUCGGAGCCCCCUGCUGCGAAGUAGGAUUUUAUCAAUUGAAAUACGUAUUUUUUCGUCGUCCGCGUUGUCAUCAGUGAUGAUGAUGAUCUCUCAAUAAUUUACAUAAUUUGUGGAUUUUUUGUGUGAAUAUUUGUGCCGUAAUAAAUACUUGAAUAAUAACGGCGUAAUUAAAUAGGCGUCAUCUCACAAUGUCCAGUUUUGGGGAUGGUUUUGGGAACUUCAGUAACAAUCGGAUGGGCGGAGGUGGUGGUGGUAGGCGUGGAUUUCGGGAGGACGAAAUUGACGAGAAAGUGAACAAAGUCAUCAGUGAAAAGGAGUCCGCACUCGCCGAACGGGAUCUAGCCUUAGAAGAUUUAAGAAAUGUGGAGACCGCAUUUUCAGAGUUGCACAAGAGGUAUGAGCGUGCCAAGACGGUGAUGGACAAUUUGAAACAGAAUGAAGAACUGCUCAAAGCAAGGGACGCACAACUCGUGAAUAAAGUCGAAAUGAAAGAUCAGCAACUCGUCAAAUUAAGGGAGGAAGUGACACAAAAGCUGGAACAAAUGUAUUCCGACUAUGAGAAGAAGGCACAAAGUAUUGAAGCAGAGAAUACCCGGUUGCGAGCCCAGAUUCGGAAAUCGGAAAUGAAGAUUUCCACCCUGGAGAGCGAUUUGGAGCAAAAGACGAAGGAAAAUGCGCAGCUUCACGUCUUGUGCGAUGACCUUAUCAAUGGCAGCAGCGGUGGAGGUGGUGGAGGGACCGGGAGGUUAUCUUAGCUUGAUUAGUGAUUGGACAGUCGCAGCAGUUACUAUAAAUGUUCUUGUUCGUUAUAAUGUUAAAUUGUGUACAGUAAUAAAAUAAAUAUUAUCACGCCUUGG